AUGAGAAACGUAUGUCAACGUUUCAACAGUAUCGUAGAUAGCUAUCAUCGAUACCAGACACUCAUCAUAUUAAAUCUCUGGGGAUGUGAAAUCGGGGAUCAUGGAGCUCAAUAUUUGGGUGAUGCAUUACACUACAAUAUAACACUCACGACAUUGAAUCUCUACCAUAAUUCGAUUGGAGAUGUUGGCACUCAACAUCUGGCCUAUGGAUUGCAGCACAACACGACACUCACCACUCUAGAUCUCCGAGACAAUCACAUCAGAGAUCUUGGAGCACAAUAUUUGGGUGAUGCGUUACAUUACAACACAACGCUCACUACAUUAGAUCUUGGAUCGAAUAAUAUCAAACAUAUUGGAGCACAAUAUUUGGGCGAUGCAUUGCAACAUAAUGAAACGCUCACCCUACUAGAUCUCCGAAAUAAUCGCAUCGAAGAUCUUGGAGCACAAUAUUUGGGUAAUGCAUUACAACACAACACAAAUCUCACUAUACUAAAUAUCUGCCGAAAUUCGAUUGGAGAUAUUGGUGCUCAACAUUUAGGUUGUGGAUUACAGCAUAACAAGACACUGACCGCGUUAGAUCUCCGAGAAAAUCACAUCGGAGCUGUUGGAACACAACAUUUAAGUGAGGCAUUACAUUACAACACAACUCUUACCAUACUAGAUCUCGGAUCUAAUCGCAUCGAACAUGUUGGAGCAAAACAUUUGGCUGAUGGUUUACGACACAACACGGCACUCACGAAACUGGACCUCGAAUCGAAUCAUAUCGGAGAUGUCGGAGCACUAAACUUGGCUAAUGGAUUACGGCAUAACACAGUAAUUCUCUUUAUUUAUACCAUGCCUUUAUCACCCAUGCUUUUUAUUUAG